GAGUCCCACCUUUUCUCCUCUACCUCCGCUAGUUUUCUUCCCCACAAACUCUUCGUCACUACCUCCAUCCCUUCACUUCUCUUCUCUUUGGCACAUACCACAAAUGGUGUUAUCAAAGAGUGGCUACAGAUUCUUCAAGUUCAAAGCCUCACACUCUCAAAACACCUUCAUUCCUCACCCUCUCUAAUCUUUGGAUCUUCCCAUAACCGGCCAAAAAGCCCCCACCUAGCUCGCCACCACAACCGCUAGCCCAAGUCCCCCCCCAGAAAAUUCUCCUCCAAAGAGAUAUAAGAGGAGGAAAAGAUCUCUGCAUACCCUUGUCUAUCAAUUCUCUCCUACUCCAGUACCCUCUUGUGGUAUACAUCAAUGAUUGCAAGCGGCUUCGAGUUCUCACGUGCGGUGGUGGUGGAGAUGGCUUGGAUCAUGCUAAGGAUCGACUACUCGAGGCUCUUCUGGCUCCUCUUUGGCGUCUUCUCCUACGAGAACCAUGAAGGGAAGCCUCGGAUUUAGCAAAGCUUCUGCCACAGAACUCGACACACUUAACCCGUUACCCAGGCGAUCCGAUCGCUCGGGGAGCUGCUGCUUUUGGUUUUUGUUUCUUGGUUUCUUCUAAGCUGCAAGAGUUUUGAUAGGCUUAUAACAUGUAUGAGUCCCGGCGAGGGGAGUGGCACCAGAGGGCCGCCGAGUGGAGUGGGUACGUCGAGAUCGACCCCGCCGGUCGGUAUGGACGUUUUGAUGAGGUACUUGGAAAAGGAGCCAUGAAGACUGUCUACAGAGCAUUUGAUGAAUUAAAUGGGAUUGAGGUGGCUUGGAACCAGGCGAAGCUCUGCGAUAUGCUGCGGUCACCGGACGCACUGCAACGCAUGUACUCCGAGGUCCACCUACUCAGCACCCUCCAUCAUGAGUCCAUCAUCAGAUACCAUGCCUCCUGGAUCGAUCUCGGAAAGAGGACCUUCAACUUCAUCACCGAGAUGUUCACCUCCGGUACCCUCCGCGAGUACCGGCAGAGAUAUCGACGUGUUGACAUUAGAGCCAUCAAGAACUGGGCCUGCCAGAUCCUGCAUGGGCUUACAUACUUGCAUGGCCAUGAUCCUCCGGUGAUACACAGAGACCUUAAGUGUGACAACAUCUUUGUUAAUGGCCAUCUCGGGCAGGUCAAAAUCGGUGAUCUCGGGUUGGCGGCUGUGCUCCGAGGGUCCCAAUCUGCACACAGUGUUAUAGGGACGCCCGAGUUCAUGGCACCGGAGCUCUACGAAGAGGAUUACAACGAGCUCGUCGACGUAUACUCCUUCGGCAUGUGUGUGCUCGAAAUGCUUAGCUCGGAGUACCCCUACAGCGAGUGCUCCAACCCUGCCCAAAUCUAUAAGAAAGUCACUUCGGGCAAGCUCCCUGAUGCAUUCUAUAGAAUCCAAGAUCCUGAGGCCCAGCGUUUUGUUGGUAGGUGUCUAGAAACAGCAUCAAGGCGGCCAUCGGCCAAGGAGCUGCUUCUCGACCCCUUUCUCGCAUCUGACAACCAUCACAAUCCUGUUCCACUUCCAAGAAUUAAAAUUAUUAAGAACACUGGACUGGAAGCUCAUGGUCACCAUGCACCACAGAUUUACAACCAGAAGCCCACGGAGAAGAUGAACGACAUGACAAUUACCGGGAAGUUGAAUCCAGAGAAUGAUACCAUCUUCCUCAAAGUUCAAAUAGCUGAUAAAGAAGGUCACGUAAGGAACGUAUAUUUUCCUUUUGAUAUCGUCAUCGACACACCAAUGGAUGUGGCUAACGAGAUGGUAAAGGAGUUGGAGAUAACCGAUAGAGAGCCGUCGGAGAUAGCAGAGAUGAUAGCUCAAGAGAUCUCGCUUCUAGUGCCGGGUUGGAAGGAAGGAGAUGUGCCUGAGGACAGCCAUCAUGUGUACAACUAUGGAGAUGAGGAGGAGGAUGGAUGCAAUCACCCUUUCUACUAUCUAUCCUCUCCUACUUCCUCCCAAGGUUCACUGUUUGGUAUGGGGCCUUCUCAAGGCGUUUGGUCUCAUCAACAUUGCCAGUCUCACCAAGAAGACUGGUUUGGAGAUGAUCUAUACUUUGACGAUGACGACGAGAGCUCAAUGCACUCAGAUAACUAUUCUGCUGUGAACUACACCAUAGAUAAUGAACAAGAAGGCGAGGCAAGCUGUCAACAAAGAGAAACUCAGCCCAUCCACCACAAGCAAACGAGGUGUUGUACCAGAGAAAGCCCCCCAGUGGAUACCUCUGUAGCUAGCAAAUUCCACAAGCAAUGUAACAUAUUGUUGGAAUCCUCAAGAGUUUCUAGCUCUCGUGCAGGCAAGAGGGCAGUCGAUGGCUAUCGUAUGAUGAGGAAUCAUUCAAUGGUUGACAUAAGGAGCCAACUGCUGCACCGAACCUUGUUGCAGGAGGUGAACAAAAGGCUAUUUAAGACUGUCGGAGCAUUUGAAAACAUAGGCUUCAAGGAUCCAACUGGAGGCUCCCACAAUAUUUCAUCAUCCUCAAAGAGAGAUCAUAGGAAGCAAAAGCUAGGCCAUACAUGGGUAAGGGGUUAGAAACUUUUUGUUGAGGAUGGUCUGUCGGCUUGGUUGUGAUGAUAUGGUGUCAUGAUAUUUACGUACAGUUGACACCUGAGUUGGACCAUGCUAUGGACAAUUGUGAAUACUAAUAAAUCUCUGGUGUGCUACUGAUGAAAAAUCUAGAGAAAGUUUUA